AUGUUCCGACUUUUCAGACAUACUAAGCAGCUGUGCUGCUUUCAGAUGAAAAGAACAUUGCAAAAACCACUUUGGCCUCUCACUUUUUCAGCAGUAGUGAAGCAGAACAGUUUCUCCACAGAUUCUAUACAACCACUCCAGACAAUCUCUCCAUGGCCUAAGGAUGUGGGUAUCCUUGCUCUGGAGGUAUAUUUCCCAUUCCAAUAUAUAGAACAAAGUGAGUUAGAGAAAUAUGAUGAGGUAGAAUCAGGGAAAUAUACCAUAGGCCUAGGCCAGAAGCAGAUGGGUUUCUGUGCUACACAUGAAGACAUCAAUUCCUUGUGCCUGACUGUGGUACAGAAUCUGGUAGAAAGAAACAAACUUUCCUGGGAUUCUAUUGGCCGCCUGGAAGUUGGAACAGAAACUAUUAUUGACAAAUCCAAAGCUGUUAAAACUGUUCUGAUGCAGCUCUUUCAGGAUUCAGGGAACACAGACAUUGAGGGCAUUGACACAACCAAUGCCUGUUAUGGAGGUACAGCUUCUCUAUUCAACUCUGCUGAUUGGGUGGAAUCCAGCUCCUGGGAUGGACGCUACGCCUUGGUGGUUUGUGGUGAUAUUGCUGUGUAUGCAACUGGAAAUGCAAGACCAACUGGUGGAGCUGGAGCUGUAGCUAUGCUGGUUGGACCAAAUGCUCCUCUGACUUUAGAGAGAGGUGUCCGAGGAACCCACAUGGAGCAUGUCUAUGACUUCUAUAAACCAGACCUGGCUUCAGAGUAUCCUAUAGUAGAUGGACCACUUUCCAUUCAGUGCUAUUUCCAGGCUCUUGAUCAGUGCUAUGCCACAUAUCGAAAGAAAAUUGAAAACCAGUGGCAAAAAGCUGGGAUAAGCAAGCUCUGUACUCUGGAAGAUUUCCAGUUCAUGAUCUUCCACACGCCAUUCUGUAAGCUGGUGCAGAAGUCUUUUGCACGGAUCUUUUUGAAUGACUUCCUUGCAACUCCCAAAUCAGACACAGACAGUGGAAUCUACAAAGGGCUCAAGGAUUUCAGCAAUGUGAAAUUGGAAGAAACCUAUUCCAGUAAGGAGGUGGACAGAACUUUUCAGAAGGCCAGCCAGGAGCUGUUCAAGCAGAAAACGCAGCCCUCGCUCUUCCUUUCUGCCCGGAAUGGCAACAUGUAUACCCCAUCAGUCUAUGGCUGCCUGGCAUCCCUCUUGGCCCAGUAUUCUGCCAAGCAGCUGGCUGGAUCCAGAAUUGGGGUUUUCUCCUACGGUUCAGGAUUGGCUGCCAGCAUGUUUUCCCUGAAAGCAUCCCAGAACUUUACUCCAGGCUCCCCUCUGGAGAAACUGGUAUACAGCCUUUCAGAUUUAGAGAUUCGCUUAGACUCCCGGAAAUGUGUUUCUCCUGAAAAGUUUAAUGAGAUCCUGAAAGUCAGGGAAGAUACUCAUAAUUCAGUUGAUCACAUUCCCCAUGGAUCCGAGGAUGACCUGUUCCCAGGAACCUGGUACUUGGAGCAAGUGGAUGAAAAAAACCGCAGGAAAUAUGCACGAAAACCAGUUUAG